CUUUAAUAUUAUCAACUCAUCUAUUGCCCUAUCCCUUCAAGGUUUGCGGAAGACCACCUAUAGGUAGACAACAGUUCUAUGCGAUUGUGCAGCCAGCAGACCUGUGUCCAACCCUGUGAAGGUUUCGUCGUCAGCCCCAACUCCGUCUCAACGAGCCACAUCAUGUAAAUGCAAUGUAGUCCCGCAAGAAUAGGCAACGGCUACAAAAUUCUUAACCGUUGUUUAGCCGUCCAAGGGCGCGCGUAUCGCGCACUUUCGACUCCUUCCGAACAGGCAGAGCAUUGCAGUCAACGACGCAAUCGGUCGGCCAUGGUGGAUAUUUUGCUGUCUGGGAGGGUAUCCUCGGAAAGAUUUGUUGUAAAGCAUUCAACGCAGCCAUCUCUUGAGGUGUGCUGCCAACAGUAGUUAGCUAGCUAGAGCCAAAGUCGCCUUAUCUUUGUGUGCCUACCUUGGCAGAGUUAUCAUCGAUCCAGAGUUAAGGACUUGGAUCUUUCUGUGUCGUGUGACUGUGUCCAUUGGAGGCAACACUCCACGGUACCACAAUGUCGGAAUCCGCCGCUAGGGCACAACGUGCCGCUGCGUUGGAGGAAAAGCGAAAGCGUCUGGAGGAGUUAAAAGCCCGUCGAAGUCAGAGAGGGGCCGAUUCGGCUGCUGUAUCUGCCAAAGUCAGUUCAUCGGCUAAUCUAGAUGAGUACAUCGAUGACCUGUUAAGACAGCCAGGCGCGGCUAAUACACCGGUUGCUGCUACUACUACCCAAGCUGAGGCACCGGCAUUGGUCAAUGAGACCGGUGAAACCCCAACGAAAGCACCGGCACAAGUAGCUACAGCGAAUAAUGUGAUUGCACAGGCAGCACCGCCUGCAGCUCCCCCGGUCAAAAAAGUGGAGACGUUUACGGUUUGUACCCAGACAGAGCCUGAGGAUUUCCCUGAACAACCUGAACCUGAACAAGAUGCCGUUUCGGUUGACGAUGACAAGCCUCUUGAUGACGACGAUGAGGUAGCUCCAGGAGAAAGUGCCAAAGAUGAGGAAGGCGAAGAUCCGAAAGUGCUGUCUCCAGAAGAGUUGGAAGCCGAGAUUGUUUCCAAGCCAUUCUCUGAAUUUCUCAACACUGCCUCCAAAAAGGUUGAACGCGUCUUGGGAACUCCACAACUAGCUGAUUUGCUCGUAGACUAUGUUGGAGAAAUGGAUGGCAUAAAGAGAAGCGAGAGCAAGGUGUCUGACGGAAGUGUCUUCUUGGCAUCUCGACAGCUUUAUCAGUGCCCUAAGUGGACAGCUAACCGCGAUGUCACAGACCUGCAUUGGUCACCUCUCCACCGGGAAUUGAUGCUUUCUACCUAUGACAUGCCCAUGUCGGCCAACACUGCCAACCAACUGUCCAAAGGAUCGGCAGCUGUGUCUGCUGUGUCCCACACUGACACGUCUUCCUCAUCUCUAACGCCACGAAGUGGAGAGUUGCAGUCGGAUGGUCUAGCUUUAGUUUGGAGCUUAGCUAUGCCAGGUCGCCCUGAACACAUAUUCACCUGUGGUAGCCCUGUCUUAACAGGUAGAUUUCAUCCCACAGAAGCACCCCUUGUCAUUGGAGGAUGUCAGAGCGGACAGUUGGUUGUGUGGGAUAUCCGAGCAGGACGACUCCCUGUACAAAGGUCCAGCUUGACCACAGCUAGUGGAAACAAGGGCCAUGCCCAUCCAAUCUGCUCGAUGGAGAUAAUUGAAGGAGGCUCUGGUUUGGUGACAACAGCAGUCGACGGAAAAGUGAAUUUCUGGUCCAUAGCGAAUCUGCGUGAUCCAGCAGAGUCUUUGCAGGUAGGAGAUAGUGCAUCCUGCUGUGCGGUUGCCCCCGAAAGUGAAUCCUUGUUGAUAGGCGAUGGAAACGGAGGGCUGCACACGAUUCAAUCUGCUUCGUCGACGCAAGGUCAACGUACGGCUCGAAGGACUGUACGAAAGCUUGAUGUUACCAGUAGCACACCAGGCGGAGCUGCUGCUGGUGGUGAUGACGGAGAUGCAGCCGCUAGUCCGGGACAUUUCGGUAUGAUCACGUCUGUUAGUGCCAAAUCAAUCCCCACCGGAGCCACCAGUCGAGCAGCUGGGCUCUCCAAAGGAUUCCUGCGUGGCUCUGGUGGUCUUGUCCUUACCGCGGGUGUCGAUUGGUCCACCAAACUCUGGGCACCUGCCUACUCGGACCAACCACUGAUGAGUUGGGUCAGCAAUUCCUACGACUACAUGUCCGAUGUGCAGUGGAGUCCCAUCCAUCCGUCACUCUUUGCCACUGCCUCGAGCACUGGCAGUAUCGGUUUGUGGAAUAUCGCGUCGUCCCUGGAAGAACCAAUAACUGGUGUCGACGGCAUUGUGGUCGAAACAGAGGCAGCUACCACCGGAAAGCGUGGGUUGAACAAACUUAAAUGGUCCGCAGACGGACGCCGCAUCAUGGCUGCCGCUGGAGAUCACGUCCACGUUUUGAGCCUUGCCGAAGACGUCGUGCGACAAAAAGGCGACGAAGACAGCCGUGUUAUGAGCCACUUGGUAUCCCGAGGGCUUUUGGAACGAGAGUAAAUAAAGUUAUACAGUAUUGAAGAUAAUCGCCACGAUACUAUAGAACGAGUCCUAUAAUUGUACCACAACACCAACCCUUCGCAUACCAUUAAUUUCCUACCAAAGAAUGACUGAUGGUGUGGGAGUACUCAUGCAAGAAACAGAUCAAAGCCGUCGCAGACUAGAACCUGACCAUUUGAUCCUCGUACUCUGAGGCCAGUUGAGCUGCUCUAUUCUCGUAUUGGGCCAACAAUUGCGUGGGAUUGCCCGCUUCCUUUUCACUGGCUGCUUUGCUGGAUGUCGUUUCCUCGGUAGCAGGUGUUUCCAAGCGUGUGGAUAGAAAGAAGGGAAUAUCCUGGGCGUUGGCGGUACAUUGCUUUGGGAGGUAGCAAAAAUGUUCCAUGACGUCUUCAAUAUUUCGGUCCAUGGAGGCAGUUUGAUUCUAUCGGUACCACCAAAGGGCAGCACAUAUUAUUGUCAGACACUUCUCCAAUGGCCAUCUUCUCGAAACUAAUCGAGAUUGUCUAUCUUACCAUUGCCGCGUUCAAUCGUCCCAACAUUGUGGGCCAAUCUUCCCCCCGUGGGUCAUGAAGCAUUCGGUCCCAUUCGCUUAGAUUCUUUCUCAGAAUUGUGGAUUGUCGGAUAAACACCUUCUGCUGCUCUGUGUUUCUCCCUCGUGAGGCACUCAUCUUGACAGUCAACCUUGGACCAACUUCUCUGUGUCCGCUGAUGGACAACACCAAUAAAAGGGACGAGAAACAGGUUUGGCAAUUGCUAUUAGUACCGAAAGGUUUUCGAAGCUUUAGGCUUUUUAGCAU